AUGUUCAGCCAGGUCAGCAACGUCACCAUUGCCGGCGCUGGCCUGUACUCGUGGUUUGACGCCUACGAUCAGUCGGUCUGCGUGGACGCGCAAAACUGCCAACAGCGGCUCAUCUUUGACCAGGGCGGCAACGGCGAGCUUUGGGUCUUUAACCUCGUGACGAUUGGCUCAGUCGAGAUGAUUAGCGACGACAGCGGCGCCAUAGAGACGGCAAAGGAGAACACGCAGGCCAACGCUCAUCCCUUCUGGAGCGCCCUGGCUGUCUGGGGAGACGAGAGCGAUCCCCUCGCGCUGCUCUGCGACGAGGAGGACACUGACCCCGGCUGCCUUCACAACGACGCCUGCGAUCUCAGCAAGGACUUUGCCGACAUGGACGCCCUGGUGGCCGCCCAAGGAUCUAUCCCGCCAGAGUUCGCGCCUUACUACGUGGUCAACGCGCUGAGCAACUUGCUCGAAGGCAGCCUGGGCGCGUACGACGGCGCCAACAAGGGCUACGACGCCGUCUGGGAGUACUACGCCGAAGGCUUCCGCGGGUCUGUCGACGCCAUGAUCCGCAAGUUCACGGCCGACUCUACGCCCAGCAACCGCAACGGAGGCCCCGGCAUCCACUACUUUGAAGCUUCCUCGGGUCUCUAA